AGACUUGCGACACCUCCAUCACUCCGUCUUCGCAAGAACCGAGCCUCUUCUUAAUAAAACGCGCUUCCUUUUCCCCGUCUCGCGAAAGAGAAUCAUCUUCAGCACUUAGAACGCCCCAAUGAAUUUUCCCGUGUCAGGAGGUGGCGCCUCGCCAGGUCCGGAGCACUAUGAGAAACUUAUUCGACAAGGGAUGGACAACUGCUUUGCGAAAAGCAUAAUGUCCGGGGUCAUGGGAUUCGGCAUGGGCGGCGUAUUCGGCAUGUUCAUGGCUUCGAUGUCCUACGACACCCCCUUCCACACAGCAGUUCCCGGCGGGACAGCAACCCCAGUCAGCUCUCUCCCGCUCCGGCAACAACUUAAGAUUGGAUUCAAGGACAUGGGGACGCGGUCGUGGAGCAUGGCGCGCAAUUUCGGAAAAGUGGGCGCGCUCUUCUCGGGUAUCGAGUGCGGCAUUGAGGGCCUCAGGGCCAAGAACGACCUGUACAACGGCGCUGCCGCCGGGUGUCUUACCGGCGGUAUUCUCGCGAGGAAUGCCGGGCCACAGGCUGCCGUCGGAGGCUGUGUUGCCUUUGCGGCUUUCAGUGCUGCGAUCGACGCCUACAUGAGGAGUCCGGGGGAUGAGUAAGAGUCCCUUAACGCUUUGGCUUGUCCACCGUCGUGGGCGGUGGGAAAGGGCAGUACUGGCCCAGGCUGGUAGCCGAAGAAACACCCGGCUCAUGACUCCGGACCCCUCGGCGAAACGGCGGUGGCUGGGUUGGUUCGAUGGGCCGCUUUGUACAACAUACGACUUUGUUUCUGGGCUGUCCCGCCCGAGACUGAAUGCUCUUUUGCGCAUGGCACGGCGUUCUUUUAUUUUUAUUUUUGGCUUACGGAGAUGGGAUAGACUCGUUGCUGGACUUGGUUGUCAAGCAAACGAUAAAGGUUAGAAAAAUCACCCCGCUUAUACCAUAACCUUCGGGUCGAGAUGCACCCGGCAAGAUGUUAUAUAUAGUGUAGAAUAUGGUACAUGGAGGAGCAUGUCGGCAACUUGCUAAGCAUAAUGAGAAUGAGUUCGACCGAG